AUGAUAGGAUGGAAGAGAUAUGUGCAGGAUAUGAGUGAUUAUGGCUUUGAACGGCGUAGAGAAGAGAACUGUCUACCAGCGUUCUGGUUCAACCCAGCUGUUGUAUCAAGGAGCUGCAGCCAAGGACAGAACUACCUCAACAGCACACGGUACCGAAAAGUGGUGUCCAACAACUGCAUCAAGGGAGUCAAGGACAUGUACACACCCAGGAAGCAGAUGUGUCCCAACAGGGCUCCAAAAGGCCUUUCUCUCUCCACCAGAGAGGGCAAGCUUACCGCCGACCUGUACACCAAUGUCACAUUCCUGGUGCAUCUAGAUGAGGGUGACUCAAUGAGAACCAACAUCCAACUGGAUUUCGGAGAUGGGAUGGCAGUCUCCUACUCCAACCUGAGCUGGAUCGAAGAGGGGAUCAGACACGUUUACAAGACGGCUGGGAUAUUCCGUGUCUCGGCCUUGGAGGAGAACACCCUGGGAUUUUAUACCACCACCUUGUACCUCCAUGCUACAUGUGCUGUGGAACAUGUCCAGCUGCUGGCUCAAUUUGUGGCCAUCAAGAACAAGGAAGUACACCUAACAGCAGUGGUCUGGCCAAUACACUCCAGGACUCUCAGCUACUUCUGGUGGCUUGGGAACAGCACUGAGCCGGUGAUCAGCUUAGACGGGAGCAUCUCAUACACCUUCACCAGCGAGGGAAUGAACACUGUUACGGUCCAAGUGUCUUCAGCCAACACCAUUCUGCAAGACACCAAGAAGAUAGCAGUCCAAGAGUUCUUCAAAUCUCUGCUUUUAUCUUUCUCCCCUAAUCUGGACGUGUUCAACCCUGACGUCCCCGAGUGGAGACAGGAUGUGGGGAGAGUCAUUAAGAAGGCUCUGCUCCAAGUGUCAGACUUUCCAAAGGAUCAGCUAUUGUUUGCAGUGUUUCCAGGUGUGCCAACGGCCGCUGAGCUCUUCCUGUUACCACACAAGAACCAAUCAGAGGGCAGGAAAAAGAGUGAGGCGGAGCUAGAGCAGGUAUGGGACAGUUAG